AUGGUGUGGAAUGUCCGGGGGAUCAAUUGCUUAUCAAAGCAAUCUGAAGUGAAAAAGAUUAUUGCUAAUAGAUCCCUUGGAUUAAUAAGUCUCAUUGAGACAAAGGUGAAAGAUAAAAAUAUGGGUAGAUUGUAUAGUAACAUGUUCUCAGGCUGGUGUUUUACAUCAAACUCCUUCUAUCAUCAAGGAGGAAGAAUAGUAUUAGCUUGGAAUCCUCUCAGUUUCCAAGUUCAGAUAGAAUGGAUGAAUGCACAAUUGGUGCAUUGCUGGAUUAGUCCUCAAGGUAAUAGCUCAGGAUUCUAUUGCACUAUUAUAUAUGCUUUUAAUAGUGCUAUGGAAAGGGAGUCCUUAUGGAAAGAGUUGAGGCUGGUAAAGGUUGAGAAUAAGCCAUGGAUUGUUGCUGGUGAUUUCAAUUGUGUGCUGAGUAGAGAUGAAAGAAUAAGCAGUCUAGUAAGGGAAAGUGAAAUUGCCCCUUUUAGAUGUUGCUUGAACCAAUGUCAGCUAGAAGAUAUCAAGAGUUCUGGAUGUUUUUACACCUGGAAUAAUAAGCAAGAAGGCCAAGAUAGAGUAUACUCAAAAUUGGAUAGAGUAUUAGACAAUGUGAAGUGGAUGGAGGAGUUCCAAAAUUCAGAAGCUCAUUUCCUGCCAGAAGGAAUUUUUGACCAUUCACCUAUGCUGAUUAAAGUAUACAAUCAGAUAGGAUGUGGAAAGAAGCCUUUCAAGUACUUCCACAUGUGGAGUACUGCUGAUGAUUUUGGGAUGAGAGUAAGUGAAGCUUGGUCUACUCAGAUUACAGGUUGUGCUAUGUAUAGAGUUGUAAAGAAGAUGAAGUUGGUGAAGGACAGCUUGAAGCAGUUGAACAGAGAUGGGAAGUUAGCUGAAAGGCAUCAAUCUUUUCUGAAACAAAAAGCCAGAUUAGAUUGGAUGAGGGGUGGAGAUGAGAACACAAGAGAGCAGGUUAAUGAUGCUUUUCAGCAGUACUACAUCAAGUUGUUAGGUACUGAGAGAACUAGUAGGGUGAGAAUUCAAGAAGCUGUGAUUCAGGGUGGUCCUGUGGUUACAGAAGAGCAAGGAAGAGCAUUGAUGAGAAGAGUUUCUCCAGAAGAGAUAAAAGAUGCACUGUUCUCUAUUCCUGGUGACAAAUCACCAGGCCCUGAUGGGUAUGGUUCAUACUUCUUUAAAGAUGCCUGGGAUAUUAUUGGUAAUGAUUGCAUAGAAGCUGUGUUAGAUUUUUUUAAUUCAAAAAAACUUCUUAAACAGCUAAACCAUACAAUCUUAGCUCUCAUUCCUAAAGUGAAAUGUCCUAAAAGUGUUACAGAGUUUAGGCCAAUUACAUGCUGUAAUGUGCUUUAUAAGUGCAUGACUAAACUUCUAUGUAAUAGAUUGAAUAUGAUAUUGCCUGAUAUAAUUGCUCCUAAUCAAGGAGCUUUUAUACAAGGUAGAUUUAUAGCUCAUAACAUAUUAAUCUGUCAAGAUAUUGUGAGACAAUAUGGCAGGAAAUCUGCAAAGCCAAGCUGUAUUAUAAAGAUGGAUCUGAAGAAGGCAUAUGAUUCCAUUGACUGGAAUUUUCUAGAAGAUGUUAUGGGAGCUUUGAGAAUUCCAGUGGACUUUAUAAGGCUUAUUAUGGAGUGUGUCAAAACUCCAAGCUACUCAUUGAUGAUUAAUGGUUCAUUGGUGGGCUAUUUCAAAGGCAAGAAGGGGCUUAGGCAGGGGGACCCUAUAUCACCCCUGCUGUUUGUCAUCUGCAUGGAAUAUUUUUCAAGAACUAUGUAG